GAAAGAACUAAAAUAACAGAUGUCGCAAGAAAAACCUAAAACUAGUGAAGAUAAUGAAGAGCAAAGGAACCAGUACCUUGUUUACGCGCAAAUGGAAAGUCUUAAUGAGAAACUGAAAUUGUUAAACUAUGAGAAAGAAUUCUGCAAGUUACGACACCAAAAACCCAUCACACGGCAUUAUUUUGCAAUCUGUACUAAUCCUGGAGAACAGUUCCACUGUUUCACUGCCCUGGCUGCUUGGCUGAUUUCACAGGCAAACGGCAAAAUUGACCAACCACAAGAAUAUGAUGAUCCAAAUGCAACAAUUUCAACUAUUUUGGAUGCUGUUAGGACUUUAGGAUAUACAGUAGAAUUUCCACCCUUAAAAUUAAAAAGUGGUUGUGGUGAAUACUGUAUUAAUGUUCUCAAUAUGCUGGCUGAUGCAAGUAUCCAGGCUCGGAACAUUAAACUGUUACCACCUAAAUAUCCGGAAGAGGAUGCAGACGAACUCGAUGUCCAGGACGAUGAAUCCUCGCAAACUGAUGAAGAAACAGCUGAAUGGACAGGAGCGUCUAUCGGUAGUCGUUUCAAAAACGGUCUUUCAGACUUUGACAGAUCAAGACCGUUUGAUGAGCAUGGUGACGAUGAUGCUGACGACGAUGAUGAGAUAAUGGAUUUGAAAGGACUUAGUCUGCAGAGCGGUCAGUCCCAUAAAGCUGAUUUGACUGAAACAAAUGCAGAAAUUAAAACUAUGAGCAAAUCGGAUGAGAAAAAGCUGGAUGGUUAUGGAGUCUCAGAAUGUUAUAUAGAUCCAGCAGACUGGCAAUUAGAAGUUGAAAGAAUAUUACCACAACUCCGCGCCAAUGUUCGCAAUGACAUAAAGGACUGGAGGACACAUUUAGAUCAGAUGAAGCAACUAAAGGGAGAAAUUGAAACUACCUUCCAGGAUGCGAAGUCCCAACUAGUCAGACUACACAGUGAUCUAAACACUGCAGUAGAUAAAAUAAAUAAUCGGGAGAAGUACAUGAACAAUCAGGUGGAACCUUUGUUAGCUCAGUACAGAACUAUGCAGGAUAACUUGAGCGAUAUAACUGCCAAAUACCGACAAGCCAGCGGUGGGAUCACUACCAGGAGCCGUACACUCGCUGAGAUCAGUGAAGAGUUAGAACGAGUCAAAGUGGAAAUGGAUGAAAAAGGUUCCAGUAUGACAGAUGGAUCAUCUGUAGUGCGUAUUAAACAAGCGAUUCAACGAUUGAAGUCAGAGAUUAUAGCAAUGGAUAUCAGAACUGGCGUUUUAGAGCACAUUUUAUUAAGAACACACUUACGAGUACGUGAAGAUAGUCAGAAACCCUUAUUUUCCAAAGUAAUGGAAUCAUCAAAUGGAGGUGGUGCAUUUGUAUUUUAACAGAAUCCUGUCACUCCCAAAUAGAAUUUAAUUUUCUUGCAUAUUAAUGAAGUCCAUCAAUCUACUUUCC